AUGUCUCACUUUAAGCUGCUGCAGCAGUUCAAACCGGACUACUCGCCGAGCGAGUUCACUGAAUAUGAGUCCCAACGUACUGGAAUGCGCGUGGUUGUCAUCGACCAGCAAGGCCCUAAAGUAAAUGGUUACUUUGUGCUUGCUACCGAAAUUCAUGAUGACUCGGGCGCCCCUCAUACUCUAGAGCAUCUUUGCUUUAUGGGAUCCCGCAACUACCGUUACAAGGGUUUCCUAGACAAACUCGCUACUCGUGUAUACUCUAGUACAAAUGCUUGGACAGCUACUGAUCACACCGCAUAUACCCUCGAUACAGCAGGUUGGGAAGGAUUUGCCCGGAUUUUGCCUGUUUACCUUGAGCAUGUCAUUGCUCCGACUUUGACUGAUGAAGGUUGCUACACUGAAGUUCACCAUAUUGAUGGCACCGGAAAUGAUGCAGGUGUUGUUUACUCUGAGAUGCAGGGAGUGCAGAACAAUGCGGCCGAGCUGAUUGACCUGGCGGCCAGACGUUUGACAUACCCUACUGAUGUUGGUUUCCGAUAUGAGACUGGCGGUAUGAUGGAGCAGCUUCGUGUCUUGAGUGCGGAGCGUAUUCGAGAAUUCCACCGUGAGAUGUACCAGCCCAAAAAUCUUUGCCUCGUCAUCACUGGUGAAGUGGACCAGAAGAACAUGUUGGACAUUUUGGAUAAGUUUGAAGACACGAUCUUAGACGUGAUUCCAAGCCCAACGGCCCCAUUCAAGAGACCCUGGGUGGACUCCAAGCAGACACCAUCCUUGGAGAAGUCUGUCAUUGAGAAGGUUGAAUUCCCUGAGGAGGAUGAGUCUUUUGGCGAGAUUGAGAUCCGAUUCCUUGGACCGGAUUGUAACGAUUCUGUUCAGUCCGGUGCUCUUAAUGUGGCUCUCCUAUACUUGGCCGGGUCAUCUGCUUCUUUGCUAGAAAAUACCAUUGUCGAGAAAGAGCAGAUUGCCAGUGCCGUCUACUACGCGACAGAAGACCACCCUAGCAUCGAAAUCCGCUUCACUCUGACCAGUGUUGAGACAGAGAAGCUUGAACAGGUCGAGAAGAGAUUCUUCGAGAUUUUGAAGGAAGCAAUGGAAAAGGACCUCGACCUGAAGUAUCUGAAGGAAUGCAUUGAGCGUCAGCGACGUACCUGGAAGUUUGCCACCGAGAGCUCUGCUUCUUCCUUUGCCGAGUAUGUCAUCACCGACUUCUUGUUCGGUAAACGUGACGGCUCGACCAUGCGGGACGUUGCUUCUCUGAAGGAAUACGACGUUCUUGAGAAUUGGACGCAGGACCAGUGGCGAGAUUUCAUCAAGAAGUGGAUCUCGGACGCUAAUCAUGUAACAGUCCUGGGUAUCCCAUCGCAAAAGCUGUCCGAUAAGGUGAAGGCCGAUGAGGAAGCCCGUGUCGCUGCUCAGAAAGAGCGCCUUGGCGAGAAGGGAUUGAAGGAUCUUGCAGACAAGCUUGAAAAAGCUAAGGCUGAAAAUGACAAGGAGAUUCCAACUAAAAUGUUGGCUGAUUUCGAAAUCCCUGCUACCGAGUCUAUCCACUUUACGGAGACUGUCACAGCUCGCUCGGGCGCUGCCUUGAAGGCUGGACGCCCUGAGCAUGCUCUUCAAAAGAUCAUUGAUAGCGAUGCCAACAAGGCAGACCUACCUCUUUGGAUUCACUUUGAGCAUAUUCCUAGCAGCUUUGUGCAGUUUUCUGUUCUUCUCUCCGCUCAGUCUGUUCCUAUUCAGCUGCGCCCUCUCCUUUCCAUCUUUACUGAGGCACUUUUCAACAUCCCACUCCAGCGCGAUGGCCAGACCAUUGAUUUCGAGCAAGUCGUUGUUGAGCUGGAGAAAGACACCGUUGGCUAUGGCCUGGAGGCUGCCCGGGCUCUUGGAAACUCCGAGAUGCUUCGUGUUUCAUUCCAGGUCGAGCUUGAGAAGUACGAGACCGCCAUCGCCUGGCUCCAAGAGCUUUCUUGGAACACCAUAUUCGACGUAGAGAGACUGCGGGCCAUCACUACCCGACUUCUCGCCGACGUCCCCGAUGCCAAGCGUAGCGGUGAUGACAUGCUUGCUGCCGUCCAUGUGAUGAUUCACUACGCAGAAGAAUCUAUUGUUCGUGCUCGAAACACCCUCGUCAAGGCUCGUUACCUCAAGCGCGUCAAAAAGCUUCUCGCAGACCAGCCUCAAGAAAUCGUGAACCGCAUGGAGGAGAUUCGAAAGUCUCUCUUCCAGCCUGAGAACGUUCGCGUUGUGGUUAUUGCAGACCUGGAGAAGCUUCCUAACCCUGUCUCCGCAUGGAAGCCUUUCGCCGAGCGCCUUGGAACCAGUGCUGAGUUGAAGCCUAUCACUAAACGCCGUGAUCUGCUCAGUGACGCUGGAAAGAACAUUGGUGGACAAUCCUACAUUGUCCCCAUGCCUACUGUUGACUCUUCAUUCGCCUACGCCACCGCCCGUGGUCUCGAUUCCUACGACGAUCCUAAGUUGCCUUCUCUGUUGGUAGCUACAUCGUACAUGAACGCCGUCGAGGGUCCCCUUUGGGUGGCUGUCCGUGGAAAGGGUCUUGCUUACGGCACUAAUUUCAGCCACAACAUCGACACAGGCUUUGUCAACUUCGAUGUCUAUAGAUCUCCCAAUGCUCACAAAGCUUUCGAGUCUAGCAAGCAGAUUGUUGAGGACCACCUGUCUGGUGCGACACCCUUUGACCCACUGAUGCUAGAGGGUGCUAUCAGUAGCAUUGUCGUCAGCUUCGCCAACGAGCAGAUGACCGCUGCCAGUGCCGCACAGGGCAGUUUCAUCCGCCAAGUCGUCCGCAACCUACCUGCAGACUACAAGGAGAAGAUGCUGAAGAGGGUUCGCGAUAUUAGCGUGGACCAGGUCAAGGAUGCUCUGCGUGGAAUUAUCCUGCCGCUGUUUGACUCGAAGACGGCCAACCUUGUCGUCACCUGUGGCACUGUUCUCGAAGAGCCCAUCAGGCAAGGCUUCGAAGCCUUUGGAUUCGCCCCCAAGGUUCAACCCCUGAAGGAAUUCGAGGAUGACUAUGGCUUCAAGCUUGGUGCCAACGAGGAGGAGGAAGAGGAUGAUGAUGACGAUGAAGAUGAAGAUGAAGAUGACGAGUCCGGAUCCGAAUAUGACAGUGACGAGGAAGAUGAUGAAUGA